GUCGACAGUAUCUGUCAACAAAACUUCUGUCGACAAAAGCCUAGACGUACCCAUAGAUAGUACAAAAGAAGUUUCAGCAAAACCCCAGUAGUAAAGCCUGCAGGCAGAGGUUGCUUAAAACUGAUUCUCUGUUGCAAACCCUCCACUUGCAGUUAUUUGCUUUGUUUUGCAAUUGCAAGGGUGUGCAGUAAUAAAAAUGAAAUAGCAAUUCAAGAGAUACUGCAGGUCAACAUUGUGAUGCUUUGGAAGCACAGUGUAUGUUGUAAUUCCAGGUAUUACUAGCAUGGGUUUCUGCCCAGUCAGUCUUGACAUGAACUGGUAGAGUUGUGUAUGAAACAAUUGGAAUAACAAGAAAGGCUACAAAUUGCUUUGGGUUGAGGUGUAUUGGCAAAACUCUGUGUGGGUCAGGAUUUGGAAUAAUAUCAAGUACUGCAGAUUAGGAUUGAGAUGCAUGACUGGGGAUUCAGGAUUGGAAUAUUUGAGGAUGAUACAGGUCAUGAUGGAGGUGCAUGGGUGGACUGUGAUCAGCAAGACUGGGAUAGCAAAGAAUGUUGCUAGUCAGAACGAUAAAUCUUUGUUUUAGUGCGGUAUUUGUGAAAUUCAAAACUGCAAGAUGGCCCUGCGCCUUUGUAAGAGUGACAUUAAUUAUGAGGAUUUUCUUUAAGUGUUGUGUAUGUUUGAAUUUAGUGGUCAUGCCAGUGAGGAAGCGGAUCAUGCUGACUGGAGGCAGUCAUAGUGAUGAAAUAUAUUAAUGUCACUUUCUAUUUGCUAAGAUCCCAAAGUACAUGAAUAAUUUAAAGUGAUUGUUUACAGUAUGGAUGUGAAAGAUUAAUUGGUUAACUGGUAAGCAUCACUCUUAAUGGGUGAUGCUUACCGGUUCUGGUUAACUGGUAACUGGUGGGGGCUUCACAAGUCCCACUGGGGCCUGUUGCAGAUAAGGGCUGCUCCAAAGUUGAUGCAAUGCUUAAUGGUUAACCUGUUAACCUUUCACAUCCUUGGUCAUGAUCCCAUAAUUGAAAAAAAGUGGAAAAGGUAUUCAGCAUUUGGAUUGAAGACAUGGCACCGAAACGAGCACUGUGAAUGGGGCUGUAAUUGGAGAAAACGCUUUGAGCUUCUGGAAGGAUUUUGCGCAAGCAUCAGAUGGAUGAAAGAGUGGUGGAUUCAGGUGGGUCUGCUGAGCAUUCCGCUCCUUGCUGUCUACCUGCACAUCCCGCCGCCUAAGCUGUCCCCAGCUCUUCGCACAUGGAGGUCAUCGGGAAGGUACUUCACAUACAAGAACCAGAACAUCUUUUACAGAGAUUCAUCAGGUGCACUCGGCAGUUCGGACAUAGUGGUUCUGUUACAUGGCUUCCCAACCUCCAGCUAUGACUGGUACAAGAUUUGGGAGGGGCUGACCCAGCGAUUUCACAGGGUUAUCGCUCUGGAUUUUGUAGGAUUUGGUUUUAGUGACAAACCUAGGCCCCACCGCUAUUCCAUUUUUGAGCAGGCCAACAUCGUCGAGGGGUUGCUGGGGCACUUGGGCCUCCGAAAUCAGAGGAUCAACCUCCUGUCUCAUGACUACGGAGACACAGUUGCACAGGAGCUGCUCCACAGGUAUGAACGCAACAAAACGGGAUGUGUCCUGAUCAAUAGCCUCUGUUUAUCCAAUGGAGGUAUUUUCCCAGAAACUCAUUACCCCAGGUUUAUUCAGAAGAUUCUCAAGGAUGGUGGCCUACUGUCUCCCAUCAUCACUCGGCUGAUGAACUACUUUUUCUUCUCCAGAGGACUUGGGGCAGUUUUUGGUCCCUAUACGCAGCCUUCAGAGGCAGAAUAUUGGGACAUGUGGACAGCCAUCCGGACAAAUGAUGGAAAUCUUGUUGUUGACAGUAUUUUACAGUAUAUAAACCAAAGAAAGAAGCACAGAGACCGUUGGGUUGGGGCUCUGACAUCCACCUCUGUCCCAUUGCAUCUAAUCUAUGGGCCUUUGGAUCCUGUGAAUCCAUAUCCAGAGUUUCUUCAGCUCUACAAGAAAGUGCUUCCCAUGUCUACAGUCUCUGUUCUGGACGACCACAUUAGCCACUAUCCACAGCUCGAAGAUCCAACGGGCUUCCUGAAUGCAUACUUGAGCUUCAUCAACUCCUUCUGAGCAGCUCUGUGGUCUUCCCCUCUCAUGCUCUGGCUUAGUGGGGUUCACUGUAGGAACCAUGGCAUUGAGGAGAGAUCCUGGCUUUAUUUCCUGACCUGACAACUCUCCUGUCCUGUGUGGGUAUGUUAGACUGCGGCAUCUGUGCAUGGAACUAAAUCCACUGAGUGCUGGGAAGGACUAGCCUGUAGGGAGGCAUGAAAGACCAUGGGCCUGUUACAGGAAACAGAGUAGCCCUGACAUUCCUGGACCUGAGGGUGCUGUUGGGAACUAGUGGUAAGGAAGAGAGAGAUCACAAGGGGAGAGGGAUGGCAGUGUAAAUCAUGCUAUUCCAGGACUCAUUUCCUGACCUCAUGGCCAGAAGCAGCCCUGCCUAUCCUAAAGAGCCAGCAUCCCAUUCACAAACAUGUCAGUUACCUUGUUUCUGGGACAGUAAGAGGCACUGAAGAUAUUUCUUUUCUCAAAGUGCAUUUUAACUGAGCUACUGUAUAUACCAGCUUCAGGAUGAAAAAAUACCUUAUAAAGCUGUGAACUAGGAGUUAGGUGCCAGGCAUUGUUUCCUAAUGCUUCAUUUGAAGGGCUUGUCUACACAAUUAGUGCUCUAAUCUGGGCACAAAAUCCCUUGUGCGAGUAGCGUUAUACUGGGGGAUGAGUAUUUAUCUUGGUAGAAGUAGCUACAGAAGGGCUUUUACAGGCCCAGAAUCUCUCCUGACCCACCCAGUAAUGUCUGUGGCACUAAAAGGCAAGUUUCCUUAAUUAUCUAGCCCCUGUUAUUAAUACCCAGCUCUGGAAUGCAACAACAAGAGGCAAAUUAAUUGGCAUUGUAGCCUCACCAGUAUGUCUUGAAGAGAUACAGAAGAUGUAUUAUAGCCUAGAAUCAGUCUGAAACAUGAAGUCGAUGGCUUUUUACCUGAAGUAUUUUCAAAUAAAUUGUAUAGUAGAUGUAUCUUAGCAAUCCUAAAACUGGUUGCCACUAAUAAAGUAAUAACUACCUAAAAACAGAUUUAUAAAAGGCAUUAAAGUGUGUUUAAAUACAGCUGAAGUGCUGGCUAUGCUGCAUACAGAGGCUUUGUUACUACUUUCCAUAAUAUGAAGUCUUCUCCUUAAAAAGGGACCACAUUUAACUCAAUUUGAGGAUAAUGGGUCAGAGAGGAGGCUCAAAAGUGAAAUUGUGUAAUAUUUUAAACUCUACCUUUGUUCCAACACAGAGGUUGUUGUAUGGCUCUCUCAGCAAGAGGACAAUCAUCACACGAUUGUAAGGGGGAUUAAGAACCACUCCUUUUUGCAUCGAUCCAGAUUUCUCAUUCCUAUCAUCCCUUCAAGAGGAAAGGUUUUUCACUAGGGGCUGCUUGUGUUGUACCAAACAGAUUUCAGUUGUCAACCCAGGUGACAGUUCUCCCCAGUGAGAAGUAUUGUACUUGCAGUUGCUAUGGCAAAAUUUUUAAAGAUUCUAUUUUAUUAUUAACAAUUCAGCUACAAUUCCACAACUUGAAACUGGAAUGAUCAAUGUUUAUUUUCUGUUAAUAAAAAUAUUUGACAAUUCA